UUUAGUUUACGGCAAUGCCGUUCUGGUACUUUCAGUUUCGACUGGACACGGCUUAUCAGGAAGUCUAAAAGUUUAGUUGGACGGUGUUAUGUAAAAAAAGGUCCGUUGAGGAGGACCUCGUGGACAGCCAUGGCCGCGGAACCACAAUCCAUAUUCAUGAACUCUGCUGACCUCAUCAAGAAGGAGCCCCUGGACUAUGGCGGCUUCGGUGAAGUGUUCCUGUGCUACCACAAGACGCAUGGCCAGGUGGUCCUGAAGACCGUGUACACCGGACCCCCGUGGAAGGAGGGAUAUAAGCAAUCGCUGAUGGAGGAGGGAAACCUGAUGCUCAAGCUAAACCACAAGCGCAUCGUCAAACUGCUGGGGGUGAUUUUGGAAAAUGGGGCGUACUCACUAGUGAUGGAACUCAUACCCAAGGGAAACCUGAUGUCAUUGUUGCAGGAAGUGAAUGUACCACUGUCCAUCAAGGGGAGGAUUAUUCUGGAGAUCCUGGAAGGAAUGGUGUAUUUAACUGAGCAUGACAUCAUACACAAGGACCUCAAACCUGAGAACAUUCUGGUAGACAAGGACUUCCACAUCAAGAUCGCAGACCUGGGUCUGGCCACCUAUCAGAGCUGGAGCCGACUGACCAAAGAGGAGUCCCGGCGGAAGAGCAGGAGAGGGGACCGCAGUAACAUCCGCACGGCGGGGACCCUCUUCUACAUGGCCCCGGAGCACCUGGAGAGCAUCCACACCCGGUCCUCAGAGAAGUCUGACGUCUACAGCUUCGCCAUCGUCGUGUGGGUUAUCCUCACCACCCAGGAGCCGUACGAGAAUGCCCGGAAUGAAGACCAAGUGUGUCAGUGUGUGCGUAACGGCGAUCGGCCGGAUGAAAACGCCAUUCCUCCUGAAACCCCAGAGAAGAUGGCAGAAUUAAUGCGGAAAUGCUGGCGCCAGGACCCCGAGCAGCGGCCCACCUUUGCAGAGAGCUACAAAUACUUCCAGCCCUUCUACAGAGAAGAUUUAGAAAAGAAUGUGGAGAAAGAUUCUGCAGAGCUCAUGGCCAAGUAUGAAGGGCCAGACCACUAUUUGAAAUCUAUGAGAUCCCUCUCCCUGGGCAGGACACAUACAGAUUCACCGACCCCCUUGCGGAGCUCGGACAGUGUGCCCAUCGAGGCCAGCAUCGAGGACCUGGGGGUCUCUGAGGAUUCCCGGGCAGGGUCCCUUCAAACCGAUGCCGGGCCCAUCGCUGACAGCAGCCUGAAGUCCAAACUGGACCAGGAGUUAGGCUAUCACCAGCAUGGCAGCUACAGCCACUCGGAGCUUCAAACUCCGAUGUCCCACCAAAACCCUGCCCCCUAUUCCCCCUAUGCCCACUACGCCGCCCCCCUCUUCAACGCCCCCAUGGAGAGGGGCGUCCCCCGCCUGGAGUCCUCGGUUCAGUCCUGGUCCAAGAAUGACCACGUCCGCCAGGAGCCUGCCCAGCCUUUGGACUCGUACAACACGCUGUCCAGUUCCACUUCUAAGGCCACGCCCAUGAGCCCUGCCCAUGGUGUGGGAAUACCUCCAGUCAGCCCCUUUAUGAUGAACCACCCCUUUUCCCUAUUCCAACGCCUCCACUCCAACCCAGCCAAUCCCACACCAGAGUCAGAGGCUCCUGAUUUCACAGCUGGAAAUAUUUUCAACAUGUCUGCCAAGAUGCGAACACCAGAGGCAGGAAACACGUUCAUACACAGCGCCUGUGGAGUACAAAUUGGUAGCAACAACCGCAUGCAUAUCCGCGGCCAGGACUUUGCGUCAGGCAGUUACCAGCCCAGCAUGACCAGCAAAUGCUUGUACAACGAGCUUCUACAGCAAUACGAGGACUCCCCGGUGACGGAGGAUCACCUGGACCUCCUGAGGGAGAACAUCGCGGCCCAGUGGAAGUGCUGCGCCCGACAGCUGGGCCUCACGGAGACGGAGAUGGAGACCAUCGACCACGACUACAACCGCGACGGGCUGAAGGAGAAGGUGCACCAGAUGCUGGAGAAGUGGAAGAUGAAGGAGGGCUUAGUGGGCUGCACCAUGGGCCGGCUCUGCCAAUCGCUGUAUGGCGCCAUCAAAGUGGACCUGCUCUGCCGGCUGCUUCAACUCUGCCAAAGUGCCACAUCGCCAUAAACCCGCUCCCCCAAAAACUCAUAUCCCCCCGAGAUCCCAAAAGCCAACAUUCCCAUAGACCCACUGUCCAAUUAGCCCAUAACUCCAUAGACCCACUCUCAAAAAACGAAUAUCUGCAUAGAUCCAUUCUCCCAAAAACUCAACAUCCACAGAUCCAAAAAACCCACAUUCCCAUAGAACCACUCCCCCAUAAAUCCACAUCCCCCCAGGUCCCAAGAACCCAUUUUAAGGUUUGACAUUUUUAGGUGUUUUGUCCAUUGCAUCAUUGGAAAUUAUGACAAAUUAACAGUAUAGGAGAUGACCACUGACGUUACUGUCUUUCAUCUGAACUCGGAUCAUUUCCUGCACUGGUGCACUGGUGUCAUUCGGCCACUAGGGGAUGUCUGAAAUGUAUACGUGUUCCUGUUUUAGCAUAAAGGAUGGUACAUGUAGCUUUGAGUGCGCUUUGUGUGAAAAUUCAGUUGGUGAAAUCUCACUGUUUGGCACUCAUUGUUUUUAAUUUUUUUAUUUUUUUUUUAUUUUAAGCAAGGUGGAUUACCAUAAAGUUGGAUUGGAUUACAUACAGUAUCUGCUAACAUGGUGUCAGGCUUGCUUGGCUUGGCUUCAGUUUAGCCUUUAGCAGUAGUGGUAGGAAUGUAGUCCUCUUAACCAGUCCACUGCAGGCCCAGUGCAGCUGUGCUACUGAUACUGUAACCAGCAUCCAACUCUUCACUUCCGCAUUCAGUUGCUGUUCACAUGGUUUGUUCUCCUAAAAUGGGAUCGGAAAGAAGGCCAAUCUGUUUUGGUAUUUCAUACCAGCUCAUUAUCCAAUAUUGCCCCGGUGCCUUGUGAAAACUUAAAUGAUAACAAAAAUGUAUCAAUAAUGUCUGCUCACCAACUCUUUGGAAGCUGACAUUUGGUAUUUCUGUUUUUAAAAAUAAAGUAAAAAUUAAAGGCAUUUAUUUCCUGUUAUUUGCUUUAGUCGGAAAUACUGAACUAUGAAAAGUAUGUUGCUUGACCAUUUUUCAAAAACAUAGUAUGCACUGGUGUACAUUUACUGAAGUAAAUAUCCAAUUGCGUAAACGUAUAGUAUUUAAAAAAUAUGUAUUAACUGUGUAAAUUGCUCUGGACAAGAGUGUCUGCCAAAUGCCUGAAUGCAAUGUAAUAUAAUCCCUGUAGUUUUGUAUUUUUUUUAGUGACUGUUUGCUGUAUCAGUUGUAUAAGUAUCCAAUAAUUGAGAUUUAAAAGGUUGUGUAACCAUAAUCAGGAGAAAAGGAAUUACGGAGGCAAACUGAACUGAAGUGAGAGGCAGUAUCAUAUUAGGAACUGGGUUGUGGUGUUUGAUUGCCAGGUGGGAUGUUGCUAUUGUACCCUUGGGCAAGUUACUUAUUUUGCAAUGCUUUAGUAUAUUUGAAGGGAUAAAUACUAAAGCAUUGCAGAAUAGGCAGCUUGCUCAAUGGUACAAGGGUGCUGAAGUAUAUCCAGCUGUAGAAACGAGUUGGGCCAAAGUUCCUCCACAACGAUGUGAAAGACUGGUAUCGAGUUAUAGGAAGCUAUUGGUUGCUAUUAUUGCUGGUACAACCAGUUAUUAAGUUUAAGGGGCAAAUUGCUUUUUCUAAUGGGUGACAUGGGUGUUUGAUUACUUUUUUAUUUUUUUUAAUUAAAUAAAUGAAAUCAUUUUUGCAAA